CCUCUUCAUCUUUCCCUAUACUCAUCCAUUCAUUGGAUUUUAUUUUAUUUUUUCAAUUAUAUAUCGAUCAUAAAUUGGAUUGAUCAGUUCAUAAUAAACAAUAAUUGUAUCAUGGCUUCUUCUUCGUCGUCGGCUUCUACUCAUUUCAAUCCGGAGAAUCAGAAGAGCUACCGGCCGCCGCCGGCGUACCGCUCCGCCUUGCACGCUGUCCGGAAGUUGCCCGGGGGCAAGAACGUGAUCACGAAGAAACCAAUAGCGCCGAUGCCGCCGACGCCGCCGAAGAUAUAUAAAGUGAACCCUGUAGAUUUCAGGGACGUCGUUCAGAGGCUCACCGGCGCGAUUGAGCUCCGGCCGACGCGGCUGCGGGAGGUGGCGCCGCCCCCGCUCAGCCUCUCCCCGCGGCAAGAAAUAAUAAUGACCCAGAGGAAUAAUAAUAAUAAUAAUAUAUUGGGUUUUGACGGCGGCAAUUACGGCGCGAUUAGCCCGACCUUGUUCAGCCUGUCGCCGUCGUCGAUGGCGUGGUGCUCGUCGAUUCUGAUGAGCCCCGGCGCGCUUUCUUCCUAGCGACUAGACCGCCGGCGCCGGAGAUUCAGAUUAUUGGUAGACGACGGCGGUGAUCGGAAACAUCGAUCUCAGAUCAAUUAAUUAAUGGAGUCAACGACUCGAAUAACUUUUAUAUGUCAUGAAGUAAUUAAUCAUCACAGAGUUCGUGAAUGAUUUGUUAUGUGAUUCCUUUUUUUCCUUUU